GGGAAUAAAUUCAAAAUGGCCGCGCCCAUGAGAACAAGCAUGGCUAGUGUGCGACAACUUUUUGCAGUUAUUUCUCAAGGAAACUCAAGGUCUGGGUUUCAUACGAGUUGUCAAAAAUUGUUGAGAAAGAUAAGAGGGGUUUCUGGUAGUGUAGAAACACAGGCAAAGACUAACGAUGAAAUAUCUAACGGAGAAUUUCCUUCUGAGCUGCUUCGAGCUGAAGUUAACGGCUCGUCAUCGAGCUUACCGCCGGACCUGCAGGGGCAGGAGUCUUCGCAGAGCCGAAGGUUCCGAGUUCCACCCGUAUCCAUCGACGCGACGAAAGGGGAUCGCAGGGAGUCAUGGGCUGAAAUGUCAGAUGAUAAGGACGAUAUUAAGGGACAAGAUGUACCGAGAUACACAAAGGCAGGACCAGAUGACAAGCGCCUGGGACGUGCUACAAUGCUGGCCAAGUCCAGGAAAUACAGAGAACAGAGUGGCAAGAUCAUCCUGGAAGGUCGAAGGCUCAUUACAGAUGCCCUGGAAUCUGGAGCUAGAGCUGAUACCAUCUUCUUCAGUCAAGUGUCAAACAUAGAGGGACUUCCCCUCGCUGGGUCAAGGGUCAAUCUGGUGAAGGUCGCAUACAAGGACAUCUCGUUGUGGUCGGACGUCAGUACACCACAGGGAAUCGUGGGUGUGUUCCAGAGACCCAAGUACGAGAAUCUAAACCUAGACCAGACAUCUACAGAGCAUCUUCCAGUGAGUCUGAUCUGUGAUAACAUCCGGGACCCUGGGAAUCUAGGUACCAUCCUCAGAUCAGCUGCAGCUGCUGCAUGCCAGAAGAUACUUGUUACCAAAGGUUGUGUAGAUGUGUGGGAGCCCAAGGUGCUGCGGUCAGGAGCAGGGGCUCAUUUCAGAGUGCCCAUCAUCUCCAACAUCCCCUGGACCAGUUUACCAAACUACCUAUCACCCAACAGGAGUGUUCACAUCGCAGACUGUAACUAUGUUCAUAAUGACGAUUUGCAAACACAGAGUAGCUGUGGAGUCUCAGAUAACCAGUCAGAACAUGCUCACAUCUCUCAAUAUGAUAACGAUGAUGACAUUUCAGCUGAUCAUUCAAAGAUGAUGGAUGAGAUGAACGCAACCACUGAUUUAAGAACGGUUCCAUAUUUCAGUGUAAACUGGACCCAAGGAGACUGUGCUCUGGUCAUAGGGGGAGAGACAGAGGGACUGAGCAGGGAAGCAAGAGAGCUUUGCACAGUGACUGAUGGAAGGAGAAUCUUUAUACCAAUGUCAAUGGGGGUUGACAGCCUGAAUGCUGCUAUGGCAACAAGUGUCAUCUUGUUUGAGGCAAAGAGACAACUUUUGAUGGCAGAUGAAAGCCAUUAAACUGUCCUUUGUGUAAGCUUACAUGGUCGUGAUCUAGCAAUUAAUUAAGGGAAGAAUAACCAUAGACAAUUUUCCACUCUGUCAUGCUUUGGUAUUACUUUUUCUUGACUCUCUUGAGUCUUGUGCACUUUUAAAUAAAGUGUACAAAAUAUGAAGUGACAAUACCUGUUGUGAACUUGUUUCAGGCUGAAAUUGGAAAUUUUGUUAACAGAGUGAAAAGAACUCUCUACUUUCUUAUUUUCAUUCUAAAUCAGUUUACCAACUCAAUGUUAUUUUUCAUCUGUUUUAUCUCAAUAUUAAUCAAGAAAGGAGCCUCAGACAGGAAAACUCAUAGGACAAAGAAUUGAAAGAAAAACAAAUUGAAAAGAAAUGAAAUAUAGAAUUCAAAUUAAGAUGACAAAUUUGUUUAAAGGUUACAUUAAGUGUACAAAAUCAUGUAAUAUAACAAACUUUCUUUGUUCAGCAUUUAAUAUUUACAAAUAUAAUUUGAAUGAAUGAUAUAAUAAAUUAUGGUAUUACCAUAAUUCCAUCAAAAUU